UUCAUUCAAUGGCUCUAUUAGUAUUUAGUGUUGAGGUCGGUGGUAAGGUUACGUCAAAAAAAGGCUAAAAAUUGAAUUAAAAUUCAAAAAUAAACAUAAAAACAAUAACACAUUUUACAUCAAUUAUAUUGAUAAGUGUUACAAACAGUAAUUGGAAUUAUAAAAUAGGAGUGAUGUGGACUGACAGGCGUAUUGCCAGCUACGCUAUUUGCUUGCUGGUAUUCCAAGUACGGUUGUCUAAUUCACGUACUUCUUGGAGACUCAACACUGAUGGAGUUGUGAAGGCAACUCAAUUUGCAACACCAGCUGAGGAUGAUCCGAUUUUUGAAAUACUUACUUCGACCGUAAGUUCGUCUAAUGGGCAAGGUUGGAGCAAAAGUGCCUCAACAGACAAUCAAGAAAAAUUACAAGUUUAUUGCAAUGAAUACAAUACUUUUAUAGCGAGCAAUAAUGACAGACGUUUCGUUUCCUACACGAUGACGGAUCCACCAAAUUCAACGAACACCCUGACGUCUUCUACUGGAUCAACAUCAUCCCAGGAUCAACAGAUCGUAUGUACAGCUGGUCAACAGUGCGAGGACAUAGUACUGGAUUGCGGAAAACCAGUCAAUUACACGUACUACGAUAAUCUUGUUGGCAUUGCUAAUCGUAACAAGCACCCGCUGGUGCCAGAACCACAUGUAGCUCUCAUGUUUAAAAAAGGCAGCACCAAAGUUGAGGAUGUUGAUAUUGAUUUGCUUGAGAGACGGCUAAAAAAAGCUAAACGAGAGAAACCAAAGUCAGUUCAAUUGUACAACCAAAUCGGUAAUUUUUGGCGUAUAAAAGGGAACGCUGAGCGAUCAAUUGAGUGUUUCAGACGAGCUCUUGCUGUUUCACCGCAUAAUGCUGAAGUUUUAUUGAAUUUGGCAAGGGUACUGAUGGUCUUACAAUACUUAGACGACGCUACUUACUUAGCACGACGAUCAUUGGAAUUACAGCCACCAGAUCGUAAUGCAUGGGAACAGUAUCUUACACUUGGGCAAAUAUUUAAGGCAUAUGGACAUUUUCAAGAAGCAGCUGUACAUUUAAGACAUGCUUUAGAAUUAAAGCCCGACCUCAUGGAGGCUGCUGAAGCACUCAAAGAAGUUGAAUCGCUACCAACUGCUAGUAUACACGUGUAUACUUUACUUAUAAUUGUUUGCUUGGUCUUGUGCGUUCUCCUCGUAGUACUAAGUACUAUAGAGUGCGAUGAUAAUAUAACUCUGAAUAGUGAUCAACUCCAGCGACCUAUGCAGCGUAAUUUUAAUCGAACAUUAUCAAUGCGUAGUCUACGUCUGAACGUACCGCGAAAUAAACGUUGUUAAUUUUGUUGUUAUAACUAUAUAAAUACUAUUUUUUUUUGUCUCUUUAGUAAUAAAUUAUUAAUCAAUCAGCUAAUGAUAUUACGUUUGGGAAUUUAAUUACCCAAUGAUGAUUGUGAUAGAAAUUAAAAAUGUUUUUUGAGCAACCAUGAUUCGUUAACUAAGUAUUAUUUAUAUAAUAACUAAGGACUAAUGUAUUUGAGUAUGCUAACAAUGCUGUGGAAAAAAAAAAGAAAUACCAAAAAUACAGUAUAAUAGAAUGUGAUAGAAAUUGA